CCGCUUCCGCUGUCGGCCGGGAGGAGGCGGUCCGGCCGCUCCAGGUCCCGCGGGGCGGCGCCCGGGGGCUGCGAGGAGCGGUGGGAACCCGGCCCGGCGGGGGAACGAGCGUGUGUGAGAAGGAAACAAAACGCUGGGAAGAUGUGUUUCUGGCUGUUAGAUCCCUCUGCAUGUUGUUUCCCUUGAGCUGCUGUUUGUGAUCAGAUAAGGAAUUCUGCGUAUUUGCGCCUCUUCUGUGGAAGGAUAAAGAGAAAAAUAAUACGUAAGAAAUUCACAUACGUAAAUAAUACGUAAGAAAUUCGCACUCAUUAACUUGCAUUACAUGAGUCUUCUCCUGCUAUCUGUUAUAAACAAAGCAGCACUGCUACUGUGUGUAACAGUGUUGUCAUAGAGGAGUUUCAGACAUCUUUGUCUUCCUGGAUUUUGGAGAAGUGCCAGCUUGGCAAGCAGGAAGAACAAAAGGACAGCACUGAAAAUAUCUCGUCGGAGGCAGCCACAGUCACACCGUCACCACGCAGCAGGUUGGGACAGCAGCAAAAUUAGGCAGCCCAGCCCAGUUUUCUUCAUGAGUCUGAAGAGUAGUAGAAGGUGCUUGUGGAUGACAAAUUGAGUCUCCUGAAAUGAAUAAAAUGAUCUAGAUUUGUUUCCCUGGACUGGCCCUCAGACUUGCAUGGUUUAACUCAUUCGAAUCACGGCUUGAAAAACUUCAAGUGCGAAAUUAUCAAAAGACUUAAAAAUGCCACCCCGACCAUCAUCUGGUGAACUAUGGGGCAUCCACUUGAUGCCCCCGAGGAUCCUUGUGGAGUGUCUUCUCCCAAAUGGAAUGAUAGUGACUCUAGAAUGCCUCCGUGAGGCCACAUUACUAACUAUCAAACAUGAACUCUUUAAAGAAGCAAGGAAAUACCCUCUCUAUCAGCUCCUUCAAGAUGAAUCUUCUUACAUUUUUGUAAGUGUUACGCAAGAAGCAGAAAGAGAAGAGUUUUUUGAUGAAACACGGAGACUUUGUGACCUGCGGCUAUUUCAACCUUUCCUAAAAGUCAUCGAACCAGUAGGUAACAGAGAAGAAAAGAUCCUGAACAGAGAAAUAGGUUUUGCUAUUGGCAUGCCCAUCUGUGAGUUUGACAUGGUUAAGGAUCCUGAAGUACAAGAUUUCAGAAGAAAUAUUCUUAAUGUUUGUAAAGAAGCAGUAGAUCUACGAGAUGCCAAUGCUCCACACAGUAGAGCGUUAUACGUCUGUCCUCCAAAUGUAGAGUCUUCACCUGAGCUACCCAAACAUAUAUACAAUAAACUAGAUAAAGGGCAAAUAAUAGUGGUGAUAUGGGUAAUAGUUUCACCUAACAAUGAUAAGCAGAAGUACACCUUAAAAAUCAAUCACGACUGUGUGCCUGAGCAAGUUAUUGCUGAAGCAAUUAGGAAGAAAACACGAAGUAUGUUGCUGUCAUCUGAACAACUGAAGCUUUGUGUGUUGGAGUACCAGGGCAAGUAUAUUUUAAAAGUGUGCGGCUGUGAUGAAUACUUGCUAGAAAAAUAUCCACUGAGCCAGUAUAAGUACAUAAGAAGUUGUAUAAUACUUGGUCGCAUGCCCAAUCUGAUGCUGAUGGCUAAAGAAAGCCUAUAUACCCAGCUGCCACUGGAUACCUUUACGAUGCCUUCUUACUCCAGGCGUAUCUCUACAGCUACACCCUACAUGAAUGGAGAAGCUACAGCCAAAUCCCUCUGGACGAUAAACAGUGCUCUUAGAAUAAGAAUCCUCUGUGCAACCUAUGUGAAUGUGAACAUUAGAGACAUUGACAAAAUCUACGUUAGAACAGGUAUCUACCAUGGAGGAGAACCUUUAUGUGACAAUGUGAAUACUCAGAGGGUACCUUGCUCUAAUCCCAGAUGGAAUGAAUGGCUGUCGUAUGACAUGUUCAUUACUGAUCUUCCACGUGCUGCUCGGCUCUGCCUUUCUAUCUGUUCUGUUAAAGGCCGGAAGGGUGCUAAAGAGGAGCACUGUCCAUUGGCUUGGGGAAAUAUAAACAUGUUUGACUACACGGACACUCUUGUAUCUGGGAAAAUGGCUUUAAAUCUUUGGGCAGUACCCCAUGGGCUGGAGGAUUUGUUGAAUCCUAUUGGUGUUACCGGAUCAAAUCCAAAUAAGGAAACUCCAUGUUUAGAGCUGGAAUUUGAUUGGUUUAGCAAUCCUGUUAAGUUUCCAGAUAUGACAGUGAUUGAAGAACAUGCCAAUUGGACUAUCUCACGUGAACUGGGCUUUAACUACAGCUAUGCGGGACUGAGUACCAGAAUAGCUAGAGACAAUGAAUUAAGAGAAAGCGACAAGGAGCAACUGAGAGCCAUAUGCACACGAGAUCCUUUGUCUGAAAUCACUGAGCAAGAGAAGGACUUCCUCUGGAGCCACAGACACUACUGUGUAAAUACCCCAGAAAUUCUGCCCAAAUUACUUCUGUCUGUUAAAUGGAAUUCUAGAGAUGAAGUGGCUCAGAUGUACUGCUUGGUAAAAGACUGGCCUCCAAUCAAGCCAGAACAAGCAAUGGAGCUUUUGGAUUGUAAUUAUCCAGAUCCAAUGGUGCGAAAUUUUGCAGUCCGGUGUCUAGAGAAGUACUUAACAGAUGACAAACUGUCUCAGUACUUAAUCCAGCUAGUACAGGUUCUGAAAUAUGAGCAGUAUUUAGAUAAUCACCUCGUGAGAUUUUUACUCAAGAAAGCACUGACCAAUCAACGGAUAGGACACUUCUUCUUUUGGCAUUUGAAGUCUGAAAUGCACAAUAAAACUGUAAGUCAGAGGUUUGGUUUACUUCUGGAGUCCUAUUGUCGAGCGUGCGGGAUGUACCUAAAGCAUCUGAGCAGGCAGGUGGAGGCGAUGGAGAAGUUGAUUAACCUCACAGAUAUUCUCAAGCAGGAAAAGAAAGAUGAGACCCAGAAGGUGCAGAUGAAGUUUCUUGUUGAGCAAAUGAGACGUCCAGAUUUUAUGGAUGCUUUACAAGGCUUUAUCUCUCCUCUUAAUCCUGCUCAUCAACUGGGAAAUCUUCGGCUUGAGGAGUGCAGAAUAAUGUCAUCUGCCAAAAGGCCACUGUGGUUGAACUGGGAAAACCCAGAUAUUAUGUCUGAAUUGCUAUUUCAGAACAAUGAGAUAAUCUUUAAAAAUGGAGAUGACUUGCGUCAAGACAUGCUGACACUUCAGAUAAUUAGAAUUAUGGAAAACAUCUGGCAAAAUCAAGGUCUUGAUCUUCGGAUGUUGCCUUAUGGUUGUUUGUCUAUUGGUGACUGUGUGGGACUCAUUGAGGUAGUGAGAAGUUCUCAUACAAUCAUGCAGAUUCAGUGUAAAGGAGGCUUAAAGGGAGCACUGCAGUUCAACAGCCAUACGUUGCAUCAGUGGCUCAAGGACAAGAACAAAGGAGAAAUGUAUGAUGCAGCUAUUGACUUGUUUACACGUUCUUGUGCUGGCUACUGUGUCGCUACCUUUAUACUGGGCAUUGGUGAUCGCCACAACAGUAACAUCAUGGUGAAAGAUGAUGGACAACUGUUUCAUAUUGACUUUGGCCACUUCCUUGACCACAAGAAGAAGAAAUUUGGUUACAAAAGAGAGCGUGUGCCCUUUGUCUUAACACAGGACUUCUUAAUAGUGAUUAGUAAAGGAGCCCAAGAAUGUACCAAAACGAGGGAGUUUGAAAGGUUUCAAGAGAUGUGUUAUAAGGCUUAUCUAGCAAUUCGGCAGCAUGCCAAUCUGUUCAUAAAUCUCUUCUCCAUGAUGCUUGGCUCAGGAAUGCCAGAACUGCAGUCCUUUGAUGAUAUUGCAUACAUUCGAAAGACCCUUGCAUUGGACAAAACUGAGCAGGAAGCUCUUGAGUACUUCAUGAAGCAAAUGAAUGAUGCUCACCAUGGUGGCUGGACAACAAAAAUGGACUGGAUCUUCCACACAAUAAAGCAACAUGCUUUGAACUGAAAUGAAAGUGAAGAAAAUGAGAACUAAUAACCCACUUUAUGGGUACUACACUGUUAAUACCUGUUAGCAGCAAAGACUGGUUGCAUAGGAAUUGCACAAACCAUGAAUGAUAUUAGAACUUAUGGCAAGAAAAAAGACAAACUGUUCUGACAACUGUUGAAAAACGAUGUAAAACAGGGUUUCAGAUAGCACUAAAAUUGUACACUUCAAAAAUUAAGCUUUAGUAUGAUGUGUGACUUCAUGUUAUGCCUUAAGCCCAAAAAGGUAAACUUUGGAAGAAUGUUUCCUUUUUUCAUUUGAUAGGAUAAAUUAAAAGGAAAAAGAAAAUAGUGCCAGCAUGAAUACAGAGUCCAUCACAUUUUACCUUAGGUCUGGUACAGCAGGCAGAGACUAUGCUGGACUGAGAAGCAUUGAAAGAAAGUUCAAGCAGUAGUUAAUAUUUAAAUGCAGUGUAGUUUGAAGGGAAUGAGUUUAAGCUCGAAGAUCUAAAAAUAGUGAGAGGACAGUGCCUUUUAAAUGUGCUCAGAGGCAUUAACAUACAUGGGGUUUAGAUGAUCCUUUGAUUUCUGAGUCUGUCAUCUGCACAGUUUCGGAAAGCCGUAGGAAAUAGGCCCAUUCAGUGUGGUGUUUCUUCUGCUCAGUAUUUCUAGGGGUGCAAUUCAUACCUUCACAAAGAAAACUUUCUUAUCAUCCCCCAAAACUGACUAACCUGGAAACUGAAUGGUCAGAAUUGGGUUUAGUGCAACAAAGAGUCGUAGUGUUCAUCUUAGGUUUGCUUUAAUCUAACUUGAACUGAAUAGAUUUUUUUCAUACAUCUUUUCCAAGAACCUAAAAAAAGGUGCGUUAUUAAAAUUAUUGAAAGAUUAUUUUUUUAUAAAGGCUAUUUAUAUAAUAGGAACUAUUAUUAAUAUAUAUUCUUUAUUUACAUGAUUUAUCCAAUAUUCACUCUUUUAAUUUUGCAGCCCAGUUCUAUCUGUCCAAGGCUCCCAUUUCUCUUAAUGUCACUGAAGGUGACCAGUUAUAGGACCAAAUUCAACCCUGGUGAAAGAGGACACAAGUGCCAUUGAAGCGGUGGGAGGCACACCCACUAAUGCCAGAGGUGAACUUGGCCUAAGACUCUUUAAAAAAUAAAUAAAAAUUGGGACAAAACUCUUCACAUUACUGAAGUGAUUUGCUGGCUAUUCAAGGAACGUACGUUUAAACCCUCAACUUUCGGGUCCAUCAUUUCUCCUCUUUCUUCUUCCGCUCUGGAAGUGGUUGUUUAAUCCAGUAACCAAUGCAUCAGAAAUAGCUGUUUAGGUUUUCAUUAUGAUCAGUAAUAAGCAGUUCAACAUGCAGCAGAUAUGUUGGCUAGCUCAAAGCAUGUGGAGUUACCAAACAUUUUAUAGCUUUGUCUGUUUUGUGUGCGUGUAAUAUAUAUAUAUAUAUAUAUAUUUGUAAAUCUAGUUGUUGUCCUCCAACACAGUUACGAUGUGUGCAAUCAAUUAAAUUGGCACCACUUUUUUGAGGCAGUUCAGAGUACAAAGGAUGUCAGAUUGCCCUCAUGCACAACUUCAGGUAGGACUGUUUUUCUAACUACUAAAAAGGCUGUUUGUUUUCUUUUGUUUUUUAAUCAGUGAAACCCGUGAUUCUGAGGGUGAUGUUCACCCUAACAUUUUAAGCUUGCUCGAUUGGCAGCAAUUGAAGUGAAUUCCAAAGGUCUGGAGCUUUCAGGGUUUCAACUCAUUCACUUCUAAACACACACCGAGGUGCCACUCAAAAAGUGCAAUACCACAUGUAAUAUAAAAUAUGCUGACAGCUGGUGUUAGAUUAGAAUAUAAGUAUAUAAAUAAACUGUACUUUGUGCAGGCCGUACUGAUGAGGUAAUGAGUGGUUGGCUUAAUUUAGCAAAUUGUAAUAUAUUAAAAAUGUGCAAUCAAUUACGUUAUGAAAGACUUUGGGGAUUGGAAAGCCAGGAUUUUGGUUUUUGGAGAUCCUUUCAUAGUCAAGCUCUUGCAGUUGAUUACUGUACACGUAGAUACUUGACAAUGUUGUGGGGGGGAAAGCUGACUUAGUGAAAGCUAUGGGAGUUCCAAGAAUAGUGUGUGGGAAAUGUGAAGUUUCAUUUCCUUAGUUCUAAGAAACCCUUUGGAGUAGUGCAACAGACUUCCCAUUAUUCUUUAUCGACUGUUACAUAUUCCUUUUUAUUUUUCCAUGUUCAUAUUUUUACUCCUGCUAACCUUGGUCAUACUUCCUAAAGCAAAAUGACUUUUGUACAGAUUACUUUGCAGUCAACACUAAUGGUGUAGCUCUUUGAAAACAUGACUUUUUUUUUCCAAUGAGUUUAAAUAGUUUUGUUUGCGAAAUCUGAAACCCUGUUGGCUAUAACUCUUAAUUUAACAGAGUAAAAUCGUUGCACAAAUGCCACAUUAGGUGCUAUAUUAUCAUUAUUUAUCUAUUAAUGAAACAAUGUUUAACUUCUUUUUUUAUAUGAGGAUGGUUGGACUUUUCCAACCAGGAUGGAAAGAUAAACUCAAAUUUCUUGCAUCCUAUGAGCCCGCCUUCUUUUGUACUUUACCCCUUCUUAACCAUAUACUUGUGUAAAUACGGAUAUAAAUGUCUUUCAGUUCAAGCAUACAGUGUUUUGCACCCUUUUUGCACAAACAGGAAGGUAUGAGGAAUCAGGCUCUGUUUCCAAAACUUACUGCAUCUAUAUGCUGUGCAUGUUCAUAUGGACAUCGAAUAAUAAAAGAAAGGAAACGUAGUGAUAGACGUACUGUGAUGUGGGAUAAAUUAGAGUUGUUUUAAAACAGAAAAGGGAAGAUCAUGGAUGUUAAGCUAUUGUUCCUACUGUAACCAAGAUGGGCAUUUGGAAAACAUUCUGCUGGUGUUUCAGGGGGGAAAAAAAGGGGUUUGAGCUUCAAAGCAUUUAAUACUAAUUACCUUACCUUGUUAUGCCGCGUUUCUCUGAUAUAAAUUCACUAAAGAUAAUGGAGUUUCUAUUGACUUAGGUUGAUGUAAAUAGGAUGAUGUCAUCUAUUCUCAAUAUCAGAAAUAAGAUCCGCUUAUGGACUGUGAAAGCACCUGUAACUGAGCUCUACAUUGUUUUGGAUUGCUUGGAAUUGGGGUUUUUGUUUUCUUUUACUAUUCCCACUUCAUGGACAUUGGAAAGCGUUCCCUUCAUUCUGAGUAUCAGAUGCACAAAGCACUACGCAGCUUGUUUUGGGCUUGAGUUAAAUCCGAACACCUUGUUCCUGCAAAACUUUGUAGGAGAGCUGCUGGAGCAAGGAGCCCAAGACCGGGCUGUACGUGUUACUGCAAAGCAUUAGGAAGAAAUCAGUGAAAUAUCACUUUAACCUCAUCAACUGUGAAGCGAGUUGUGUUUGAUUUAAUGACAAAUGAAGCCGGUUGCCGCUGAUUAGGUUUUCUUAAUAUACAUUCUUUGCUUCCCUGGAGGUAGCUCAAAAAGCACCUUUGACUUAUGCACAGUUCCUGCUCAGAAGGAGUGCAUGUGGAGGUUUUUCAGACAUACCUUCAGUAUAAACGAGGGGAGAGGAAGGAAGGGAAGGCAUUUAAAUAAAACCACAAUUGUCAGUGCUUUGGUAUCUUGCGGAGAAGGUAAGCCUGCGUAUUAAAGGCAAUAUAGAAAUUACCAAGCUCGUAGAGAACUCUGUACGUGCUGACCCUGUGCUGGUCUUCUGGAGGGUUAGUUUGGUUUGUCAGCUUUCCUUUCCAUGUAAAAUGUUGAAAGCCCUUUAGCAGUCAGUAACGUGUCUUGGUUGACAACUCAAAGGCAUUUUCUUUGUCAUUCAACAACUGGCAUGUUCCUUGUCAUUUAAUAACUGGCACGUUCCAGCACCCGUUCUACACAAUAAUUGUGAGUUCCUCCUGUUUUGCAUGUCUGCACAGGUUGCAGAUGUGGGCUGGGCCCAUUUGAAAAACAAAAACGAAGCCACUGAAAUGACUUUUCUUUUGAUGUCAGAUUUUUAACAUACUACAAGUUAAUGGGAUCGGUGUGGUGUUACAGAGAGAACUGUCAUCUGCUGCUUCCUCAGAUCCCUUUUCAGUUCCCAUGGUUUCUUGCUUUUGUUUCAGUUUUACUUGAAAGAAGAACCACGCUUUUGUUGUUGGUUUUAUUUGGCUUUCAUUUGUUGUUCAAUACUACGUAGCUGUAGAUAUCAUUGCAGUUUGUUGAAUCUCCAUUUUAAUUUUGUAAUAUAUGUUUCGUACAAAUAAUGAAUCUUUAUCUGUUUCUUUUUGUGUGUGCUAAAAGCUGUCUCAGUUUAGGGUAAGGUUCUCUCUGUCCGACACGAUGGGUGGGUGGCUCACCACCCAGCCCUGCAGCUGAUGGUGUGUGGGAUGGUUUUUCAUCUGUGUUCUUGAAGGAAGCCAACUGCAAACUGCAUAUAGGAGUUUUCUGUUUGCAGAUAGUACCAGGUUUAGGUGCCCUAAUCUUUGGGAAAUUCUGGUUUCACUAUGUGCAGAUAUAACACGGAUUUCAUUAGAAAUACAAUUGUUCUUAAUGCAGUAUUUAGAGCACGGCAUUCUUAACUUCUGAGCUUUACGAGAUAGAAUUCAAAAGUACAAGAUGUGCUGUGUUAGCUUUCCUGACCGCAGCACAGAGGUGGGGCCCCUCUGUCCACAUCCCUUCCUUCUCCAACACUCCUCUCCCCUCAGAUGGGCAUACCCACAGUCUAACAACAACUUAAACUAUUUGCAAGAGACUAAGCAGUGCUCUGUUAGCUUUCCCAUUGAUUUGCAUUAAUGUCUUAAGUGUCCUUGCUGUCAUUUCUGUAUGCGACACAAAUUUUUUUCAGCAUGAGGAAGGCCAAAAAAUACAUACCUUGACUCCUGAAGUUCUGGUGCCAAUGCCCCAGUAGCUAUCAAAUAGUUUAGUUCAGUGUAACACUGUCAGUUUAAUGAGGAGCCUGUUCCAGUAUUAGAAUUACUUCCAGUUAAACUUGACAACUGUGUUGCUGAAGCUCCAUCUCCCAAGGCUCUUACAUCUGCUGUAGUUCCAUCCAUGAAGUCCAAGUUAUGUAUGUUUACAGCUGUGGUCUAAUUCUGCUUUGUUUCAUUGGUCUGUAUGCAUUUGCUCCAUAUCCAGCAUUUAGUAAUAGUGUUCUAAAGUCUAAAUUAUCAGCUGUACCAGGCUGGCCUAAGUUGUCUAUUUCAUUUGGGGCAAGAGUGAGAGGGAGGGAGGAAGGAGAUUAAUUCUUCUUGUUUUAUAGCCACUGUGGUCUACAUUUAUCACCUUUCGUGUGUGUGAAUGUAAAUGUAUAAUUUCAUCAUCUGGGAGUAUCAUCUUUUCUCUCCUUUCCCCAUUCCACCUCUGCAAGUUUUAACUGAAUAGCCACAUACACUACCAAAAUCCCUUUGUCUGCUGGAGAAAAGGAUGCUGAAAUAGAACAACAUAUGGCUGCAGCCUUAAUGUCCCAGGUUCCUGUGCUUGAAGUUUUGAAGGUAUUGCUAUCUCUGCUACCAGCACCGUGAUAGCAAGAGUUGUCACAGAACUGAGGUUGUCAGGGAGCUUUGGAGAUCAUCCAGUCUGACUGUGCUGUUUGGUGCAGGGUCAGCUAUAGCAGGCUGCCCCGGAGGAGGAUUCACACUAAAAGCUUUUUCUUGAUGUCUGAAUGAAAUUCCCUCUAUUUCAUUGCCUAAUGUCCUUGUGUAGAGCACCAAAAAGAGCCUUGCCUUCCUUCUUUACCCCCCUCUGUCAGGUCUGUGUAUAUACUGACAAGGUGACGGUGAGCUUUCUCUUCACUGGUCUAAAACAAUCCCAGUUCUCAGUCUCACUCUAGGUAUCCUGUGUCUUUAUGGCUCUUUACUGGACCAGCUCCAGUAUGUCCAUGUCUCUUGUACUGGGGAGCCCAGUGCUGCUGGUUUGGUCACCCCGGUGCUGAGCAGAGAUCAGGGGUCACUUCCGUUGACCAGGAUUCUGCUGGCAUUUUGCAUAGACAGAGCCCAGGAGCAUGUAUUCUCUUGAUGCUUAUGCUGCUUUAUGGAAGCUAGUGGCAGUCUGUCUGCAUCAAAAAAGAGUAAAACACCCACCAGUGCUGAAUACCUUUUUAAAACAAGACAGUUAUCUUUGAAAUAACCACUAUGGGGGGUGGGGGGAUGUCGGGAUGUGUAUGUCAUUCUGUAAUACAGGUCCUGUGGUAUAAUAGCUAGAGAACAAUAAUUUUUUAGUAAUAAUGGGCCAAAACAAGUUGAAGAUCCGCAGUAAGAUGCAUGUGUUGUUGUACUGAGAAAGUCGUGCAGUACAUUAAAAGGAAAAGAAUCCCUUCUGCUGUGCUACUGAAGUAACAAGCAAACUUCUUUGGCCUGUGACACUUAAUUGUAGUUCAUGUUCAUGGGGAACUGUAAAAAGUCUUUUUAUUUAUCUCCGUCGUCUGUAUCAUAUGCUGUUAAUUAAAGAAAAAAUACCACUUGGGGUUUUUAUCACACUUUUGAGUGUUCCUGUAUAUACUAAAAACUAAAUUAAAGUAAAAUGGUUGGUA